AUGUCGAAAACGAAAGGACGUGCACCAAUCCAUGUCUGCUCUUUAAGUAUGAGUCCACUCACAGCAGUUCAGAAGGAUAUGAGGGAAGUAGAAAAGCAAUAUAAUGCCUUAACACCAGAACAACGCGAAAAAGAUGUUUCAAUGAAUGAUAAGAUUAACCGUCUUCGCUGGGUUCAGCUUUCAAUCGAAUAUAAUCGCCAAAUUCAGCUUCAGUAUGUAUACCAGCACCUUGGAGAUAAAGGAAACAACCCACGUUUCCGCCAAGUUCGCAUGAAACCACUUUUCAAUGCAUGGAAGCGUGAGAUUCUUCGCCAGAAGUGGUUAGAAGUUCGCAAGGCAGUCGAUACAAAGGCAUUAGAUCAGCGCUUGACAAGAAAAUUCGAUGCUUUUUCAGCACAGCGCGCAGAACUUGCUGCUCGUUCAGUUGCUCGUUGCGACUUCCUUAAGGAUCCACCACUUAAGGGUCUUAUUGAUAUUGCUGAUCCUCUUGCAGCUCUUUCUGCAUUCCAAACACCAGAUUCCAACCAAACAGACUUCUACAACAAGGGCUAUGACUUCGUUCAGUCAUCCGCUGUUAAUACUAUUUCUGAGCUCCCAACACAAGAAACAAAUGAGGAACCACUUAAUAAUGAGGAGAUCAGACAGCGCCUGAAGAGCCGUGGCAUCGAGCUUCCAGAUAAGAUCGAGGAGGCUCCACCUGUUGAAGAAGAAGUCGCUUCUGUCAAGAAAUUAUCAACAGAACGCUCAAAAAAAGAUUCUGGUUCUUCUGAUAGCAAGAAAGGAGAUUCAAAGUCAUUUAUCUAUGUAAUUUUAGCUGUCGUUCUCGCUGUUAUUGCUGUCGGAGUAGUUAUUUACAUUACAAAGGCAAGAGCUGCCGAAGCUCGCCGUAUUGCACAGCUCAAAUGCGCUACGCCAACUCCGGCUCCUAAGAGAGGCUGGUUCGGAAAGUAA